AUGUCAGAGGUCACCAUUUCCUGCUCACAAAAUGGCGGUGCUUGAACGUGAAUUUCCUGGAGUCUGCGGUUUUUGCAUCAAAAGUCAUGUGCUCUAAACCCUAGGUUGUCGUUUAGGCUAGGUGAAGAAGUUAGGGUAAAGCAGGCCAUGGCUACAGGGACACCGGAGCCGAAAAAGAGACUAAAAUGCGACAUCAGUCUGGAUAUGGAGGAGGUUGAAGAGGACACUGAGCUGACCUCUGACACAGAUGACAAUGACCUGUCCAUCAGCGGGACCCUGAGUUUUGAUGGAGACAUCACUGAUAGUGGGGAGGAGGACAUGGGAACAGAAGCUGAAGAACCCCACCAGGAUCAUCCCCCAGGGAGGAAACCCAGGGGAGGCAGCGGUGGUGGGGGUGGGGGAAGGCACGCCCAGGAAAGGAUAGUGUUUGAAGUCAUGAAUGCCAGGACAGUGAAGGAGGGACAUUCCAAAUAUGUGGUUUACCAAGUCCACGUGGUUAAGAGUCCAGGUCUGGACACGUCACCAGCCUUCAUCGAGAAACGCUACAGCCAGUUCGACAAACUGAACCAGUGUCUUCGCAAGAGAUUUCCUCACCUCCUAGAAAGCGUCGCCUUUCCCAAGAAGACUCUGACGGGAAACUUCAAGACCCAGACGAUCGCGGAGAGGAGCCGGGCCUUUGAACAAUACCUCCAGCACUUACACUCUAUUCCACAAGUAGCCACCUGCCACGAGUUUUUAGACUUCUUCUAUCUUGAGGACAUAAGGAAGGGGUACGCAAUGAUCCGUGCCGGUCUCUACAAGGAGUCAAUUCCCUCACUAAGGAAUGCACUGCACCUACAGGAGAAACUGCUGGGUGAGACCCAUGACACAGUAUUACAGACACACUGCGCAAUCGUGGUGGCUUACGAGGCAUUAGAUGAACUGUGGCACGCCCAGACAUACUCUGAAACAGCGCUGAACUGUGUGAAAGGCUACCUCCAUCACAGCUUCCUGGUUCCACUGCUGCAGGCACACAUCAGCUUGUGCUGGAGGUUGGGCAAGGACAAGAAAGACUGGGAAGCCAUCUUACACGAAGUUGCAGCCAAAGGCAUCGAUGUCAACAGUGGUCCGACUCUAAAAGACAUUGUCAUGAACAAGCAUUGACAGAGUCAGGAAACUGGACUGUACCAAAGUAGAAAGUAACAAUUAACAAAUAGGUCCUUUCAAGGAUCCGACUGUGCAUGUCAAAGGUGAAUGCUCCCAACUUGUAAACUGUUCUUGUCUCUAACAUGCUUUAUACAUGUUCAGAUAUAUAUGGCCUCUGUUAGUUUGCAUAACAAUGGCGCUGUUUAUGUCUUGGGUCUUCUCGUUUUGCCUGCACAUGUGCAGUUGGAUCCGUGAAAGGGUUUAUUACGUCACACAAAUAAGAUGUCUCUG